CAGAGUCGCAGACUCUCCCCAUCACCACCCUUUAAAUUGGAACCCAUCUCUCCUCUCUGCGCCCCUCAGAGCUUAAACACAGUUCCAGAAAAGGAAAGAACAGACGAGGAAGAAACAAAGAAGAACUGCCAUCAAAUUUUUGUUUGUUUCUUCCGUCUUUGAUCAAAGUAGCUUUUAGCCAAGACGGGUCUACCGCUGUGGAUGCUUGGGUUGGGCGCGGAUCGCUUGCGUGCCGACAUGAAUCGCCUACUCGCGUUACUCUUCCACCAGGGAGUCCUGGACGAGCAGUUCCUGCAGCUACAGCAGCUUCAAGAUGAGACUUCUCCCAACUUUGUUUAUGAGGUAGUGACCAUUUUCUUCAACGAAUCGGAGAAGCUUCUAAGAAAUCUCAGAGAACUCUUGUUGGAUAAAGAGUUCUCGGACUACAAGAAGAUAGGAAUCCAUCUGAACCAGUUUAUGGGUAGCAGCUCUAGCAUAGGAGCUAAGAGGGUCAGAAACGUAUGUGUAGCCUUUCGCGCCGCUUCUGAGCAGAACAACAGAGCUGGAUGCUUGCGAGCUUUGGAGCUGUUGGAGCACGAAUACUGCUAUCUCAAAAAUAAAUUGCACGAACUCUUCCAAAUAGAGCAGCAGCGAGCUAUGGCAGCGGCAGUUAGGUAUCCGAUACAGGACUGAAACAAAGGUUCGACGACGCUUGAAGUUCGCACGGUCGUGUUUCUUGUUGCAUCCACCUUCGCCUAAUUACAAUAGAAGAAGAAGAAGAGAGAGAGAAAGGCCAUGCCCAAUGCCUCGCUCUGCCUUCUCUUUAUUGUAGAGUUAUUCUUUGAUGCCUGUUGUAUUGUAAGUUUGAAUGCAGAGAAGUAGUACUUCGAGGCUUAAGCUGCACCUGUCUUCUAACAUCAUGAUGAUCCAUGUGUAAUCUUUAAUGGCUUUUUAAGUCUUUA